UGUAUCAUUCUUUAAUUGUCAAUGCAAAGAAGAAAUGACAUGCCUUAAGUUAGCUUAUGUUAAUGUUCAUGUAGUUUCAUAUUCUUUAAGCAACAUACUUUUGUACUUUAAAAUAAAUAUUUCCUAUGAUGCAGGUCCGUCGUCAGCAGAUGAAGAUUCAGCGUUCGAACGCCCUGAAGAUCAAACAAGAAAAGUGUUUAGAGCCAUUGAUGAAAUUGCAAACAGAUAUAGAGUUAAACAUAUGCUACAACUUUUACACGAACCACUUGGCGAAUCAGUGUUGAAGGCUGCCAAACAACAAAAUGUUGACAUGAUUAUUAUAGGUCGGAAACAUGGAAAGUCAAACGACCUUGGUGCUACAACGAACUUCAUCGCUUUUCAGUCAGAUGUACCCGUGCUUAUCUACAAAUACAUAGAUACCGAAUCGGAUAACAAUAAUUCCAAAGACUAUAAAAGACAGAGAUCAGAAAGUUUUAGUGACAAGGUCAAGGCGAUGUUGAAAAUACACUGAAUCAUCACCCGUUUUUUGUCCAAAAUAAAAAGAGAUAAUAAAAAGACUAAAAAAGCUGUU